UCGUGGAGCCUCGCCCGCCUGGCCUGGCCUGGGCUGGAGCCGGGCGGGAGCUGCUGUCUGAUCCACAGCCGCAGCUCGAGCCGCAGCCGAAGCACCGGCUCGCUGCCGGAGUGAAGCCGAGCCGAGCCGAGCCGAGCUCACUGCCUGGCACCCGCCGGAGCGCGGGCCUGGGCGCAGUCGGAGGCAGCGAACCGCGACUACCAGGCACCACCGAACACGGGCACAGAAGGUUGGAUCACCCCUACCAGGCCUGGGCAUGGCCUGAACACGCAGGCGAUCGCGGAUUCUGGACCAAAGAGGACAAGGAACAAGGAUUCCAUCCAAUAUAGCGUGGGCACUAGGCAGGAAGAAGAAUAGAGACCUCACCUGGCAAGGGGCAGAGGUGCCCCGAGCUUACUAGGCCAGGACUGAGCACCAGAGAGCCUGGCAUCUCCAGCAGCCGCCACCUGGGCUCUGCCCUGCUUGAGCCGGAACACAGCUCUUGGACGUUGGCUGGCACAGGCCUGGCAGAAGAAGCGGUUCUCUCACCUGUCUGAAAGGAAAGUUGGGAUCUGAGAAACCAGGACCUGGCCUGGACCAAAGGGGCUCUCUGGUGGCUCAGAGCUGGUUCCUGGGGAGCUGGCCUCCUGCCCCAGCCCCACUGGUCCGGAUGUGCCGCUGUCCUCUGGAGCACCAUGACGGCAGGAUGACCUCUGCUGAGGCAGUGGCAGAGACUAGCGGUGCCCGGGUGGCUGGGUCCCCCGAGUGGCCCCCUGAUACCCACCAGGCCCCCGGGUGGCCUGGCCGGACCCGGGUGGCCGUGGCAGCACUGGUGUGGCUGCUGGCGGGAGCCAGCAUGUCCAGCGUCAACAAGUGGAUUUUCACGGUGCACGGCUUUGGGCGGCCCCUGCUGCUCUCGGCGCUGCACAUGCUGGCAGCAGCGCUGGCAUGCCACCGGGGAGCGCGGCGCCCCAUGCCCAGCGGCACCCACCGCCAAGUGCUGUUGCUCAGUCUUACCUUUGGCACCUCGAUGGCCUGCGGCAACGUGGGCCUGAGCACUGUGCCCCUGGACCUGGCACAGCUGGCCACCACUACCACGCCACUGAUCACACUGGCCCUGUCGGCGCUUCUGCUCGGCCGUCGCCACCACCCACUGCAGUUUGCCGCCAUGGGCCCACUCUGCCUGGGGGCUGCCUGCAGCCUGGCUGGGGAGCUCCGGUCACCACCUGCCGGCUGUGGCUUCCUGCUGGCCGCCACCUGCCUUCGCGGCCUCAAGUCCAUUCAGCAGAGUGCCCUGCUGCAGGAGGAGAGGCUGGACGCGGUGACCCUGCUGUACGCCACCUCGCUGCCCAGCUUCUGCCUGCUGGCGGGCGCGGCCCUGGUGCUGGAGGCCGGCAUGGCUCUGCCGCCUGCUCCCACCGACUCGCGCCUCUGGGCCUGCAUCCUGCUCAGCUGCCUCCUGUCCGUGCUCUACAACCUGGCCAGCUUCUCCCUGCUGGCCUUCACCUCUGCCCUCACGGUCCACGUCCUGGGCAACCUCACUGUCGUGGGCAACCUCAUCCUGUCCCGGCUCCUGUUUGGCAGUCGCCUCAGCGCCCUCAGCUACGUGGGCAUUGCGCUCACCCUUUCGGGAAUGUUCCUUUAUCACAACUGCGAGUUCGUGGCCUCCUGGGCCGCCCGCUGGGGCUUCUGGCGGAGGAACCAGCCUGGCAAGGGUCUUUGAGACCUGGGGGGACCACAUGGGCUAACUGGGAUAGCCCCAGCCCAAAUCUGACCUUAGCCAGUGGCCGUGGGCAAGGUGGAGAGCAGGCAGCCACUGGGGCCGUGGGAGAGAGAGGCGCCUUCGGGAAAGGCGACCUUGGAGGCUGGAAUGGGACCUCCCAGAGAGACCCGCCUGUCCCUGCCUGCCUCCCCUCGUCGCGGACCCCACUCACCACUGGAUGGUGGGUUCAAGCCUGGCACGACCACCACGCUUGUCAGAGUAAUUAUUACUGAUAUCAGUGACUAUGCCAAACAUCGCUGGCCAAACUUAGAGAACCUCACGGUGUUCCGAUGACGACGAUGACGAUUCUUGGCAGUUGCACAAUCCUUCCUCCAGGGAGGGGGGAGGCAGCUAGGGCGCCCAGAGAGGGGCUUCUUGCUGCUGGGCUCCCCUGGGGAGGUGGGGGUCUUGUGUGCCAACCCCUGGCAGCUACUGUGGCCUCACCCCUGGGCCCCCCAAUUUUGGGUCUUCCGUCCUCAAAUAAACUAUUUUUGCUUGUA